GGCAUCAGAGUUGGUACCCCCUCUGCCUGCUCGAAGCGUGCCACUUCCCUCCUCCUUUUGGAUAAGACACUGAAGGAGACGGGGUGGACCUCAAGGAGUCUUUCCCCUUUUCCCCCUAUUUUUUUUUUUUCUUACUCCCAAAAGAUGCGGGGUACGAGGACUUGAGGAUUCUUCCGCUCAGCUUUGGAGCCACCAUGUUGACGCGACUCUUCAGCGAGCCCAGCUUGAUCCCAGAAGUUCAGAAAUUCUCCAGCUGGGCAGAUGAUUGCGAAGACGAUGAAGCAAGCGACAAAGAGGAGAGGAAGGCCAAGAGCUGUCCUCUCCAGGAGGAGGAGGAAAACGAGGCUUCCUUGGGGGACAUCAAAGAGGAAAAUGACUUAGGGGGCGAUGAAGAGGAAGAGGAGGAGGAGGAGGAAGGGAUCGAGGAGGCCGAAGGGGAUCGCCCUAAGAAACGGGGACCUAAGAAGAGAAAGAUGACCAAGGCCAGACUGGAGCGCUCAAAGAUGAGGCGCCAAAAGGCCAAUGCCAGGGAGAGGAACCGCAUGCACGACCUCAACGCGGCCUUGGACAACCUGCGCAAGGUUGUGCCCUGUUACUCCAAGACUCAAAAACUGUCUAAGAUCGAGACGUUGAGGUUGGCCAAGAACUACAUCUGGGCCCUGUCGGAGAUCUUACGCUCAGGCAAGAGGCCUGACUUGGUGUCCUACGUGCAGACUUUAUGCAAGGGUUUGUCCCAGCCCACCACUAACUUGGUGGCCGGUUGCCUCCAGCUCAACUCGAGGAAUUUCCUUACCGAGCAAGGCCAGGAGGCCGGGAGGUACCAUGGGCCAAACUCCACCUUCGCCAUGCAUCCCUACACCUACCAGUGCUCAAGGAUCUCCGGCGCGCAGUGCGCUUCCAGCACCAUGGCUAGCUCCCACGCCUUGAGGACGCACGCCUACUGCGCCACCUACGAGUCCCUCUAUGGGAACGCGUCUCCAGACUACAAUAGUUCGGAAUACGACGGUCCCUUAAGCCCGCCUUUGUGCGUUAACGGGAAUUUUUCCCUCAAGCAAGACUCUUCCCCAGACCACGAGAAAAAUUAUCAUUAUUCUAUGCACUACUCCGCCCUCCCAAGUUCUCGCCCGUCCGGGCACAACUUGGUGUUCGGGUCUUCCGGAAUGCGCAGUGGCGUCCACUCGGAGAACGUUUUGCCUUAUGAGAUGCACCUCCAUCAUGACAGAGGCCCUAUGUACGAGGAGCUCAAUGCUUUUUUCCAUAAUUAACGCCUUCCUCCGUUCCCACCCUCCGCCUUUGGCGUCCCGGGCCCCUUCUGGUUUCACACCCAACAAUGGUGGCCACCUGUAGAUGUCAAUGGAUUGGAUUGGGAAAGGGAGGGGUGAAUUUUUUUCUGAGUUCCUCGGCCUUCUCUGACACCCCCUUCGCCUCCUCCCAAGAGCUGCAACGUUUAAUUAAACUGUGAGCCCCUCCCCCGCAACAGUGAGAGAGAGAAAGAGAUCAAAAAAUAACAAUUCCGAUCCGUACCUUACCUGAGCCGAGCGUUCUUGUUUUGCAAGCUGGAGCGGGUAGCCCAGUCCGUAAGCCACUUAGGCCGAAGCAACGGACCUGCUUCCCUUCCAAUCUCGUUGAAUUUGGCGGGACUGGUUUGGUUUGAAGUCCAUGACUUCGGCUUAAAUGGGAGAUUGGUGGAGCUGUGAAUGCACCCUGGUUUCCAUGGGACUUCAACCUGGACUGGAAGUCGGGUUGUAAACAGGAUCUGUGACCUGGUCCCCUUCGGUGCCCGCAUUAAGUACAAUGAAAAGAAAUCUGGUGCAAUAUAUAUUAUAAUGCAAUUUUAUAUUUAAAACAAACUAUAUAGGUAGACUUUUUAGCAGAGGUCUUGACCAUUUAGAAUGAAGGUUUUAGAUCCUGAUUGGUUACGUGGGGAGGAACAAAUUGCGGGGUGGUGGGAGAGAAAAGUUUUUUCCCAUCUUUAUGGAUUGCCUAUAUUAAAUAUUGCCCCCAAUUAAAACCAGAGAGGUUUUAGAACAAAACAAUUUAGGAAAGGGCAGGGGGUGGGAGGGUGGCUUUACAUUCUUUCCAGCAACUGAAUCAAGAAUUCCCCGAAAGUUUAAUCUAUUUAAGGAAGUUUUUUUUAAGAUGUUUGCAGACUUUAAGUCAGACUUUCAAUGCAGUGAGAACUUUAAAAAGCAAUAAAGAGGCAAACAGAUGAUAAAUAUAUUCUAUCUUUAUCUAUGCAAGUAGGUACUGAAAUAGGAAAAAGUUUUUAAAAGGAACGAAAAGAGAAAGGGAAAAAAAAGAAUCCAUAUGGAAUGUUUGAAAUAUGGACCAAGAAUCUCGCUAAGAUUUAAAAUCGUGCACUUUUUUGAUUUGGGGGAAACGGACUGUGGUAUGUUUCCCUGAUAUUUAACAAUCACUGACUUUUUGAACCACCCUUGUAACCCCAAGUAACUUAUUUUCCAAAAUUUGUGUGUCAUGCUGUUUUUUACCUGUUUUAAAAACGUUAAAGAAAAAGUGAAAAAAAAAGAUUUUUAUGAAAUGGCAAAAAUGUUUUGUUAUGCAUGGAUAGGAGGGGAAAAUGCAAAUAUGCAAAUUUUAAAGGUGAUGUGAAGAGAACACUUAUUAUGCUUAAUACUUAAGUUGGCUAUUUCCCCCCCCCAAUUAAUAGUAAUUCUAAGUUCUUUCUUUCUGUAAUGCGUUUUGGGGGGGGAGGUAUACAUUGUAACAAUACACCAGUAUAUAAAUCUCUAUAUAAAAACCAACAACAUAUUCUAAAGACUCGAAAUGGUAUAUUUUCCCCCAACAGAUUGUUUCAUUUCUCGUUCCUUUAAUAACUUUAUUUUCAGCCAGGGGAGGAUUUAAAACUAUUUCCUCAUAUCCCCUCCCCCUUCUUUUAAUACGGCCUGCAUCACCUUUAGACAUACCAGCAUUUUUAAAAUUCAAAGGCAAGGGGGGAAUUUCUGAUCAAUGUUUUAAAAACAAACAUCAACAACCUUUUACAAAAAAAAAGAAAAGAGAAAAGAAAAGUUGUAGCCAAGAUGAAAUGUCUGUUGGACACCAGAAGUGCUUUUUGUGUGUGUUUCUGUUUGGUUUCAUUAAGAUGAAUAAAUAUUUAUGUUAAAUAAUAUGCUAAAGAAAAAGGAUUUCUCCACGUUUUGUUUUAAAUAACCAGGGUUAUUCUCUCUCUCUCUCUCUUUCUUUUUCCCCCGACCCCACCCUAUUUGGUUUUCACGCCAGGAGGUUCUACAUUUUAGGGUGAAGAGCUGUGUAAGACAGGCUGCUUUUCCCACGUGUGUUUUUGCCCUCUAAAACCUCCCUUUUAUUUUAAAAUAAAAUAAAAUAAAAUAAAACAGAUCUAAAGUGAGAACGGUCUGUGAAUGGAAGGUAUAGAAACCCUCCCCACUCCGCACCCUAGCAACAAGAGGGAAGGUUUGCUUGCAAACUUCAGAUUUUUAAAAAAUGCAUGUCUUGAUAGCAAACCAACAACAGAAAGGGAAGGGAUGGGGAAAUCCUGGUAUUGAAUUGAGUGUUUUAAGCAUUGAUUUCCAGACCUUUUGUGAAAUGCAUUCCAACACUUUUUGACGGGCUGAGAGCUGCAAGUCAGCUAUGAUUUUAUUCAAAUGUGUAAUGAAGGAGCGUCCUAAGACGACAAUUAAUAAAUAUUAGAUGUUGACUCCC